CGACCCGUUAGCGCCCGUGGCUCGCUAGCGCACGCGGCUCGUUAGCGCACGCGGCCCGUUAGCGCACGCGGCUCGUUAGCGCACGCGGCCCGUUAGCGCCCGUGGCUCGCUAGCGCACGCUGCCCGUCAGACAGAACCAACCCGCCAAAAUUAAGUUCUGCUGAAAAGCGGACUUUCAGAGCGCUGGAGAAUCCACCUUAGCACUUGUUGAUGAUUGACGCAGCGGUUUGAUCACUUUUCCGCCAUUUGUGUUUUCUUUUUGCGAGAUGGUUUCUGUCAGAAAAGAGGUUGAGUCAGGAAGCAGAGGUGAGGGAGGGAGACAAGAGAAAGACAAAGAUAAAUGGGUGGAUUACUCUGAAGGACGAAGCUGUAAGAAAGAAAGAAAAGCAGCUUUCGGGAUGACAGUUUCUUCUGGCUUCUUUAUGAUGUAGCCAAACCUCGGCCAGUCAUUUAAAAAAUAUUUUAACAUUUUAGGUGCUGGUGAAAAUUUUUUAAAACACUCAGUUCUGCAGAUCCCAUGAGAAUAAAAAAUGUGUUUCUAGGCAAAACAUGGAAUCAUAUGUAAGAGGAACAUUGUUAUGCGCAUUGUUAAUAAAAUAUGCGUGUUUUAUAAGUUGCCAGUUGUUUGCAGAAAUUGAUGUGGCGUCUGAAGGAUUUCAAAUGAUUAUUUUGUCCAGAUGUGAUGUAGGCCGUGGGCAGGUCACCCUGUCUGAAGGCGAAGACUAUUAUUAUUGAUAUCAUUUCAGUACUAUUUAGAUGGUACGUAGAAAUGAUUAUUUAAAUUCAUAUUUCAGUCUAUUGUCUUCAGCUGAGGGAAAGGAACCAGUCAUUAUUCAAUCAAUUUAAGGCCCUGAGUCUGCUAACAGGUGCAUGGAUAAAAGUUGAUUUUUAAAAAAGAAUUUAAAAAAAGAAACAUCUGGAUUUCUGGAUGGCAUUGUUUUCUACUCAUGUUCCUGGAGUCCCCUAACACAGCCCUUUUAAAUAUGCAAUGCAGUCCUAUAUUAACAUAUAUUAUGCUACCAUAUAAGUACAAAUAACCACACAUCUUUAAGGCUUUUGCUCAAUACAAAUAUAAUUUUCCAAUGAUUAUGGAAAGUUCAUUAUGAUCUCUUCUCCUGUGUAAUCCCACUCCCUGCUGAAAGUACUGAACACAGGGCAAGGUGUGAUUCGGCAAACAUGUAAAGUCAAAUUACUUUCCGGGCGUCAGAGAGAUGAAUAUUGCAACAGGUGAUGUCAGUGUGUGCUAUAAAGCGGGAGUUCCAGGAGGUCCGCACACAGAGUAGCUAUUCGCCUCGUGCACCGAUCCCGCCCCUCGCCUAGACCAGCUCGCCUCAGCUUUCAGAAUCAUGGGCAGCGCAAGACUCCUCCUCCUCGUCUGCUUCACGCUCAUCUUGCUCGCGCGCUGUGAUGACUCGCUGGAAGCUCGCUCUCUGGAAAACCCCAUCAAGACGUCCGAAGAGAAGGAACUGAUCGAAGCUUUACAGGAGGUUCUAGAGAAGCUGAAGAAUAAGCAAAUGCCUUCUGCGGAGAAGAAGUUGGGCUGGCUGCCGUCGUGCGAUGCAGGUGAACAAUGCGCGAUACGCAAAGGCGCGAGAAUCGGACAGUUAUGCGGCUGUCCGCGAGGAACUUCCUGCAACUUCUACAUCCUGAAGUGUUUGUAGAGAGAGACGCGCUGCAGCCGCUGGGACCGAGGAGCGACCUGUCGGCUGUAGAACAAGAAACAGGCCAUCAGGGCUGGAUGUCAUUGUAUAUAUUUAAAAUCCUUAGCCUCCUGACCAGAAAAAAAAAAUAUAUAUAUGCUGCAUUGCUAUAAUUCAUCACUGUUCAUCACAUUGUUUCAUACUGAUUGUGCGAUAAAAAAAGUCACCAAAUAAAAUAAAUAAUUUGUAAAAACGC